UGCUUUUUGGUGCAAUUAUUAUUUUCUUACAUUCUGUCUCUUCCAUUGCCAAUUCGAUAAUUUUUAUUUAUAACUUUGUUCACCCCCACUAGCAAAUUUAUAAAACAGCACAUAAAUCCAACAUGCCUGGUCUCGAGUCUGCCGCCAAUCCGAAAAAGGUCGUAGUGCAUCCGCUAGUUCUGCUCUCGGUGGUCGAUCAUUACAAUCGUGUCGCGAAAAACACAAAAAAACGCGUCGUUGGUGUGCUUCUAGGCCAAAUUGAGGGCGAUACUGUUAACGUUGCCAACAGCUUUGCCGUUCCAUUCGAGGAGGAUGAGAAGAACCCUGCCGUUUGGUUUUUGGACCACAACUACGUCGACACCAUGCGCGACAUGUUUAAAAAGAUCAAUGUUAAGGAGAGAGUCAUUGGGUGGUACCACAACGGGCCCAAGCUGCGUUCCUCGGACUUGCAAAUCAGUGAGCUGUUCAAGCGGUAUGCGCCGAACCCCCUACUGGUUGUUAUCGAUGUGCAGCCCAAGGCUAUUGGACUUCCGACCAACGCCUACUUUGCCGUCGAGGAGAUCCACGACGAUGGAACGUCCGCCACUAAGACAUUUGAGCACGUUCCCUCGGAGAUUGGAGCUGAGGAGGCUGAGGAAAUCGGUGUCGAGCACCUGUUGCGUGAUAUUAAGGACAACUCUACUGGCUCGUUGGCGACCCGGGUCUCUCACCAGUUGACAUCUUUGUUCGGGCUGGCUGAGAGGCUGACAGAGAUUCGUAUGUACUUGCAGCAGGUCCUGGACGACAAGCUUCCAGUAAAUUCGGAGAUUAUUCAGAACCUGCAGGAUAUCUUCAACUUGCUGCCAAACUUGACUAUCCCCGACGAUGCAUCCGCAUUCACUGUUCAGACAAACGACGAGUACGCGCUGAUCUACAUCUCGUCAAUGGCCCGUGCGAUUAUUGCACUGCACGACCUGAUCAACAACAAGAUCGAGAACCGCGAGGCAGAGCUAAAGGCUGACCAAAAGGAAUUCGAGACCAAGAACGCCGCUGCCAGCUCUGCAACCAGCUCGACAAAGACGCAGGACCCUGAGACCAGCCAAACCACGAAAUGAGUACACUUUGACAUUGCCAUCAAUAUCGCUAUCAAUAUAUAAAC